UACUGUGUUCCUCCUCACUCUCUCUCUAGACAAAUCACUUUCUCUCUCUAGAGAAAACAAAUGUGUUUCCUUCUUAUCUGCACUGCGCUCCAAAAACCCACCUUCGAAAUUCGCCUCUAACCUCAUUUGAGGAAGCACUGGAUCAAAGAUCAAACAAAAACUUGCUCUUUCUCUCUCUAGUUCGGUGUCCUCUUUCUCUCUCUCUAGAAAACCCGGCUUUGGGUUUGCUUCUCUGGGUUUUGGGAGGAAAACCCAAGUGAGAGAUUGUCUGAAAAAUGUUGGAGGUGAAGGAUCCGGCGAUCAAGUUAUUUGGGAAGACGAUCCCUUUGCUUGAGAACAAUUUUCUGUCUGAUUCGAUUGAUAAAUCAGAUGAUAUUCAGGCCACUUCUGAUGAAAAGGAAACAUGCCAAGAAAAUAAUGAAGCCAGUGGGGAUAAAGCUGGAGCAAACACAGAAGAUCCAGCAAGCCCUAAUGAUUUGAAGGAAUGCAAAGAAGAACCCCAAAACUCGAACCAUGAAAUUAACAAGGCCACACCAAAUCCUAAAGACUCUAAGCCUUUGUCAACUGAAGAAGACCAGACUGAAAUAGAGGGGGGAGGAAGCCAAGAAAAGACCCUUAAAAAACCCGACAAGGUCCUCCCAUGCCCUCGAUGCAAUAGUCUUGACACUAAGUUUUGCUACUACAACAAUUAUAAUGUGAAUCAACCAAGACAUUUUUGCAAAAAUUGCCAAAGAUACUGGACAGCUGGUGGAACAAUGAGGAAUGUACCAGUAGGAGCAGGGCGCCGAAAAAACAAGCAUUCAGCAUCUCAUUAUCGCCAUAUUAUGAUGUCUGAAAACCUGGCCAAGCCUCUUAUUGAACCCCAAGAAACGAACCAUCAUAAAGUAAUCUCUUGUGGGGUUCCCCCACAUACUAGGCCUUUGAAAACUGGGGGCACAGUGCUAAAAUUUGGGCCUGAUGCUCCUCUUUGCGAGUCCAUGGAAACUGUGCUGAACCUAGGCGAGCAGGCGGUACCCAAGAGAGAGAAAGUUUCCGAGAAUGGGGAGGAAUUAUCAUGUGGGUCUUCUACUGUUACUGCCCCUACUAGUGUAGAAAGAGAAUUGCAAGAAAACAUGGUUGAGAAAGGUGGUUUAGUGGGGUGUUGUAAAGGUGGGGUUGGAGCUCCUCAUUUACAGUGUUUUCCAGGUGGGGCCUCUCCAUGGCCCUAUCCAUGGGCACCUAAUUGGACAGGUGUUGCAGCCAUGGCUGCUACUUCACCAGGGGGGAGGUGCUCAUCAGAGGUUGUGUAUGGAGGGCCAGAGCAUGGAGGUGGAUCCAGUGGUCCAGUUCAGUGGACCACGCACCCAGCCAUAGUGGCUCCUCCCCCUCCAUUUUGUGGACCCACUGUGCCCUUUCCCUUUGUGCCUGGGUCCUACUGGGGUUGCGUUCCUACUUGGGCUGGUGGGACUUGGCCUAUACCUUGGGUGAAUUCAAGCUAUGGCAAUGGCUUAUCGCCUUCUUCGACAAGUAGUGGGAAUAACUCUCCAACUCUUGGCAAGCAUUCAAGAGAUGCUCCUUCACAAGGAGAAGAGAAACCUGAGAAAUCCCUCUGGGUUCCUAAAACACUUAGAAUUGAUGAUCCUGAUGAAGCGGCAAAGAGUUCAAUAUGGGCAACUCUUGGUAUCAAGCAUGAUAGUUUGGAACCUAUUAGGAAGGGUGGGAUAUUCAAGGCUUUCCAGCCCAAGGUGGAAGGGAAGGACAGGUCUAGUGAGACAGUACAGGUCUUGCAAGCAAACCCAGCUGCUCUUUCAAGGUCCCAUACAUUCCAAGAGAGCAGUACGUGAUGUUCUCUCUCUUCACAUAUUCUCUCUUUAUAAAGAGCUUGGCGUUUCAUGUGUUUUAUCUACCGAUCGACUUGGGCACUCGCCUGGUGUAACGCGCAUACGUGUAGGCUUCUUGAGGAGUUGGAGGAGAAAGGUGGUUAUGGAGAUGCCCAAGUAGUCUGGUUUUAGCUUCUUCAAGAACUUCCAUGGAAUUCGGAGGUGGCGGGAAAACAUUGCUAUUGACUGUUUGAAAAUGUAUUUUGUACAUAGUAGAGCGC